CUGCCUCCCUCCCUCCCCUCCCCUCCCCGAGCGCGACGGCUAGGGUUCCUCGCCGCCGCCGUUCCUCUGCGGCGCGCCCAGCCGGCCGAGGCCCCCGCCGCCCCGCCGCCCGCACCGGAGCCCAGCAGCGCCUCCCUCCCUCCCUCCCGCCCUGCCGCGGCUGGUCCCGCCGCCUGGAGCGACCCCGGCGACCGGUCCAUAGGCAGCCGGUUGCGCCCUCUGGUGGUGGAUCUCGGGCCAACUAUUCUGGAUGCAUCUAUGACAUGGUGGACAAGGCAGCAGAAACGAGUCAGCGUGAGGUGGCAGCCGAGGGAGUUGUUUUGUGGGAUGAAGCAUUGGUAAAGACAAGCACAGAGGAUCUGCAGAUGCGUUGCAAGGAGUUGCGCUGUUAUAAUGACAUCCCUGUCAUGUGUUUGAAGAAAGAUGUUAACUGUGACCUGGAAAAGGAUGGUUUGUGGCCAAAAAUUGAAGCUGAGGUCUCUACUCCUGCCCACCAAGAUUCAGUUCCUUUGAAUUUUGGGUGUAACCUUGCUGUUUGUUUGGAUGGCAAGGCUGGUGAGAUUGGUGAAGUAUCUGAACACAGAACUGGCAUGGAGAGAGCGGCUUGUGGCUCACAGGGAGGAGGUAUGCUGUCAUUUGACCGUGGAUUCUGGAAGGGGGCUGUUGGAGACAAGAAUCAGUUUCCCAGGAUGGAAGGAUGCCAUGAAAAUGGGGGCUUGUCAGAUUUGGGAAACCAUGACACUGACAAGUUUCCACAAGGUGCUGAUGCCCUGAGUUUGAUCGAUGAUAAUCAUGAGCUGGGAAGGGAUUGUUUUCUGGCAAAUAUCGAUGAAGAGGUGUCCUUCCCCGUUGAUGAAGCUUCGAUCCCUUCCUUCUACCAGAAGAGCUAUAUGGAUGUUUUUGUAGAAGAUAGCAAGUCAUGCAUAGAGAAAUUAACUCAAGAUUCACUGGAAGGAGAUAUGCUUUCAUGUGAGCGCGAUGCCAGAUUUCGUACUGAGGCUUCUGGAGACGAGAAUCAACAUCAUAGGAUGGCGGUGUCAAAGGGUCAGGUUUCAUCUAUUUGUAAAGAUGCAAAUAGUCCGAGUUUAAAUGCCUGUGGUCUCUUUCCUGAAAUAGAAGUUCUACGCCAACAGGCUGACAAAGAAUACAAGGUCUUUGAACUACCCCCAGAGAUAUACCUGGCUAGAUCUUCCUAUAACCCACCUUGCCUAGAUGGACUUUGUCGUAGUGGCAAGGAAUCAUCUGCUGUGUGCCUGGGCCAUCAAGAUUCUUCUGGUGUCAAAUCACGUUGUCCAGAUCAUUUGGUACAAGAGCUCAAUGCAUAUAACUCUUCCAUUGACAAACCUUGCUCUGCCAAUUUUGUUGAAAAUGCCAAUGAUGAAGAAUCACAAAAUAAAAUUUCGGAGUCAUUAAAUGCCUCCAAGCGUAGGAAUCCAAGAAGAGCCGCCUCAUCAAGAAAUCGCGCUCCUGCGGAACAUGAUCAUCAAAUAAACAAAGGAAGCAGUAGCACAUGCAAAUCUAAGAAGGUUGAGAGUUCGUGCUCAUUAGUUGAAAGCACCUUGAUUAAGUUCCCAAGCAAAACUACCAAGGUAAGAAGUGGCAUCAACAGACCAGUGAAUUCGACUGCCUGGGGCAGUCUAGAAAAGCUGGUGGAUGGUUUUGGUCAGAACUGUGAACCUUCUACCUCUAAUUCUCAUCUGAUUUCCCUUGAAAACGGUGGGAGAUCAAACAAAAGAUCUGGGAAGAAAGAGCAGCCCAUUGUUCGAAAGGCUCGAAGUUCAAGAUGUCCAAAAAAUAAGUUCCCUGCCUUUUCUGUUACCAGAUAUGCACCGGAUGAAUUGAAUGGCGAACCUACCUUUUCAGUCAUGGAUGGUGCUUAUGGCUCCGCAGAAGGUUACAUAGGAAACUUCCCUAAGUUGGCUCCUCGUGCAUUUCUCAAUGUUUCUGAUGAUGCUCACAGAUCUGUGCAACAUAUGUCUAUCCAGACUGACAUGCAGCAGUUAGACAGGUGCUUGGAUAGUGUUGCUCAAGAAACAUGUCCUGCGUACAUGUGUGGAGAGUUUGCUAAAUCAAUUUCCGAACCUUCUCUUAAUAAUGGCGGUGUUGGAUUUUCACCCGACUCUGUUUUGGAGGUAGCCUCUGUUACAUGUGAAAACAACACCUCUGCAAGCCAUGAUGUUAAACUGCGUGGGAACCCAUCUUAUCCUGCUGUAUUGACCGAAAGUGAUCUUCAUGCAUCUGAUUUAUCUGUUCCUGACUUUGGAAAAAAUCAUGCGUCAUCAUCAACAGAUUUUGAGCAGCAGCCCAAAACUGUGAGGGGUGAUGAGAACACAAGAAGCGAAGAGAUUAAUCAGUCUCAUGCCAUAAUUGGUUAUGUUGGUGAGGGAAAAGUGCAAGGCUUAGAGAAGUCCAAUGCAGUGAGGAAAACUAAGAUGUUGGAAAAGCAGAAAGGCCGAAAGAAAGAUGGAAUAAAGGGAAAUAACAUAAGGGAUGGAAGUUCCACCAAAAUUUCAUCAAGUGAAGCUUCAAAAUACAGGGUCUUCUCCGAUGAUCCAUCUUCACUUGUUUCAUCAGGACCUUUAAAGUUCAGUUCUUGUUUUGAGGUCGUAACUUCUGCCACACAGGGUAUCAGUAUGCAUGAACAUGGCUGGGUGCAGGGUCCUUCUGUAAUUGGCAAGGAGAAAACGAGUGCACUUAACAAUGUAAAAUCACCGAGGUGCAAGAAAAGUGGUGGUCUUAGAGGGAAGAAGGAUAUGGUGCGGGAUCCACAUGUGAAGCAAGAAAGCAAGAAGAAAAAUAUAGCAGAUGCCAUUUUCAUUGAUUCUGGAUCGUCUACUUUACCUUAUCAGCUCGCUACUGAUCUGGCAACAUCUCAUACGAAUGAACAGGGUUAUCGUAGUCCAGCUAUUGAAUAUACAUUUCAGAAUCCAGCCGCUAUAUCUACCGAAUUACCUGGAAAUGCUGCUGGCUCAACAGGUGGGGUAUCUGUACCGCAGCCUAAACGUGCUGCAUGGGCAUGUUGUGAUGAUUGCCAAAAGUGGCGCUGCAUACCAUCUGAAUUGGCAGAUGUCAUUGGAGAAAACAGAUGGACUUGCAAGGACAAUGAUGACAAGGCGUUUGCUGAUUGUUCUAUACCACAAGCGAAGACAAACGCUGAGAUCAAUGCUGAGCUUGAACUUUCAGAUGCUUCUGCUGAUGAAGCUGACAAGGAUGGAUCAAACUCAAAAGCUUCUAGGGCACCGUCCUGGACAAAUCUUAGAUCGAACACAUAUCUACAUCGUAACCGAAGGAAUCAAUCCAUCGAUGAGAGCAUGGUAUGCAACUGCAAGCCUCCUCAAGAAGGCCGAAUGGGUUGUAGAGAUGGCUGCUUGAACAGAAUGCUCAACAUUGAAUGUGCAAAACGUACAUGUCCAUGCGAGGAGCAAUGUUCUAAUCAGCAGUUUCAAAGGCGCAACUAUGCAAAAAUUGCAUGGUUCCAUUCUGGUAAGAAGGGCUAUGGAUUGAAGUUGCAAGAAGAAGUAUCUGAAGGACGGUUCCUUAUUGAAUAUGUUGGCGAGGUCCUUGAUAUAACGACUUAUGAAUCCCGCCAAAGAGAUUAUGCUUCUAAGGGCAAGAAGCAUUUCUACUUUAUGGCACUAGAUGGUGGUGAGGUAAUAGAUGCCUGCACCAAGGGAAACUUGGGCCGGUUCAUCAACCAUAGCUGCAGUCCUAAUUGUCGCACAGAGAAGUGGAUGGUUAAUGGAGAAGUUUGCAUUGGAAUUUUUGCUAUGAGGAACAUCAAAAAGGGUGAAGAAUUAACGUUUGAUUACAACUAUGUUCGUGUAUCUGGUGCUGCUCCUCAAAAAUGUUUUUGUGGCACUGCCAAAUGCCGGGGUUACAUUGGUGGAGACAUAUCAGGGUCUGGUAUCAGCACCCAACAUGUUGCAGAAGCAGAGUAUUUUGAACCCAUGGUCACUUACAAGGAUGCCGAGGAAAUGCUAGGAAAUGCAUGUUCUCAUGGUGCAAAUCCUAUUGUUGUUGAGCUUGAGCAUGAAACCUCCAUCCAACAAGAAGAUUCAAAUAACUGCAUACCUGUAACCCCAGACUCUGAACCUCACCAAACUUCCCCUGUAACCCCAGACUCUGAACCUCACCAAACUUCCCCUAUCUUAUUUGAAAAUAGUGAGCUAGAAAAUUCCUGGGAAAUGUGGAGCCCCCAGGAUGCCGAAGACCCCACCCGUACACCUGUCCAUGUGCCCAGAACAAUAGAUAGUACUUUGCAGCAGUUACCAGUAUAUGACACUCAGCCAUUAGAAUUCUUGCCGAAGGCUCCUAACACAAUGGAUGGAUCAAAGGCUCCAAAUGUGAUGAAUCAAUCAGCACGUAGCUCCGAUUUGGGGCAAAACCUGGUGGUACCUGGUUUCCAUGCUAAGAAGAAAAACAAUCUAAAAGAUCAGAGAGAUGUAAAAUCAUCAUCAUGUUCUACUGACAAUGAAAAUACUCUGGGAGUUGAAGCAAGACUGAACAACCUACUGGAUCGAGAUGGAGGUAUUAGCAGACGAAAAGAUUCAACAAAUGGAUAUUUGAGGCUGCUUCUAUUUGUGACCGCAGCAGCACGUGACAAUGCCGCGGCCGCAGCGGCACGUGACAAUGCCGCGGCCUCAGCGGCACGUGACAAUGCGGCGGCCGCAGCAGCACAUGAUGCGACCGCAAUGGAACAUGAAAAUGCUGCGACCCCAGCGGAACGUGACAAUGCUGGGGGCACAUCUAAAAGUGCAAGGGAUCUGUCGUUAAUUCUUGAUGCACUUCUAAAAACAAAAUCACGCUCGGUCCUGUUGGAUAUCAUCAAUACGAAUGGAUUGCAAAUGCUUCAUAAUAUAUUGAAGCAGAAUCGAGACACCUUUCUUCGAAGACCUAUAAUACGGAAGCUUCUGAAGGUGUUGGAGUUUCUUGCUUUGAAGGGAAUCCUGAGAGCUGAAAAAAUAAAUGAAGAAGCCCCACGUGAGGAAAUGGAAAGAUUCAGGGACUCGAUGUUGAAAUUGACCCGGCAUAGUGAUAAACAGGUCCAAACUAUUGCUCGGCACUUCUGUGAGAAGUGGAUCCAUCCUUAUAUGGAUGGACCUGUUUCAACUUCAAAAUGGUGUACAGAUUCAUAUUCCAAUAGAAGAAAGCGCAAGAGCCGUUGGGAUUAUCAACCAGAAUCCCACUAUAAAAUGGUUGGAUCACUAGUUCGGAAAGUCUAUGGAGAAUUGGGUCUUCAGGCUGGCUUGACCAGAAAUAGGUUGCAGCCUGUGAUGGGAAGCAGCUCAACAGGCACAGACGAUGAUGUGCCUCCUGGGUUUGAGCCUCAGCAGGGUCGUUCUGUAGCUCCAGGAUUCUGCCUCCCUAACUUGAAUAUUUCAUAUGGGAUUCCCAUCGCUCAUGUUCAGCACUUGGGAACCCCAGAAGUUGAAGGAGGUGGCAACCGUGGCCAGAAAUGGAAAGUCGCACCUGGUGUGCCUUUUAUUCCUUUCCCACAGUUGCGACGAGGGAGUCCUUGUCCUUCUACUUCAACUCAGAUGUCCUGUCAUGACGCCAUGAGGCAGAACAACAGUUCAGGACAUCGAGGAAGAGGUUUCGACAGAGGUGGAAGGGUGCAAAGGAAUGGGAGGAAUGGGGCAAGAACGAGAUAUCCGUAUGAUCAUCAAGGAAGAAGAUUCCCAAGCAAUCAUCAUAGAUCUGAAAGAUGGCAGCCCUGGCCCGAGGAACAUGAUGGUGGUUCAGGAUCUAGGGGCAGACAAUGAAUGACCCAGCCCCUGGCAUCGAACAUCAAUUAGUUGUGUGUAUACAUGGUAAUUCCUUCCUGUUCAUCAGAAGUGUACACAAGCAAACUGUGUUAGCUUCUCAUUCUAUGUAACAGAAGUUUUCUACUGAUUCCAACAGUAGCAGAACAUGUGCUACAGAUAGGUAAUUGCCAUUGCAGUUUUGUUACUAACUAAUUAAUUUGCUCCCCAAUGUGUAAUCUCAGUAGGAAUAAUAAUCGAUUUGAUUCAAA